AUGUACUCACUAUGGAAACAACAGAAAGACGGCAAUCCCUGCUACAGAAUUUUAUUAUAUUGUGGCGUUAUGGACUUUGGAAUUCUCUGGAGCUUAGGAAUACUUGCCCCAAUACUUGCUUUGAAUGGUUCUGUUUAUUGCACAAACCCUUUAAUUACUUUUAUUACUGGAGCAACUAAUGACUUCUUCUAUUCAUGUGAAAUGUCAGCAAGUACUUUACUUGCCUUGAAUCGUUGUAUGGAUAUUCUAUGUUCUGAAUUAACACAAAUACUUUUUGAAGGUAAUAGAGUUUGGAUAUGGCUUGGUGCAACUACAAUUUAUGGCUUGUAUUGGCUAUUUUUUGUGAACCCCAGCCUAUUCAACAGUAUCUACUUUGCCUACUUUUUUAAUCCCUAUCAAGGCUAUAUUGCUGCUGAUGAAUAUCACCCAUUAACUCACACACUUCAUGAUUGGAUUAUUGGAGGUUCCGUUCCCGUAAUUUACAUUCUCUUUCUUAUUGGAAUUCGGUGGAAAAUGCGUGGGGCAGUUGGGGGUUUGGGGAUUACAAAACUUCAAAUGAUGAGCUUUAUUCAAGUAUUAAUUCUAAGUUUUAUUCAUUUGGUUGGGUGUUCCCUCUAUGUUUUAAUGCAAAUGAUACCCGUAACUGAAUCACUUAUUAUACUUGCUGAAUUUGUUUGGUUCAUAAAUCAUGGCAAGUUUCUUCUAUUUAUUUUUCCCAUUUCUUUUCAUUUUCUACCCACAAUCUUCUCUCCCCAAAACUUAAAACUAUAAGGCUGUUGGUGAC